AUGGAGGUGGUGGUUGUUAUGGAGGCGACGUUGGAGGAGAAGGAGGUGGCAACAGUGGUGGUGAUGGAGGAAAUACAAGGAAGAAUUGGUUGUGAUGGAGAUGGUGACGACAAUGAAAGUGGAGGUGAUGGUUGUUGUGACAACGACAGUGGAGGAGAAAGAUGUGGCGAUGGAGAAAGAGAAAGAGGUGGCAACAGUGGUGGUGGAGGAGAAAGUGGUAGUAGUGGAAGACGAGGAGAUGGUGGUGAUAGAGGAAGAAAAGGAAGAGUUGGUGGUGGUGGAGACGGAGAUGACGGUGAUAACGACAGCAGAAGGGGAGGGGAUGCAAACGGUAGAAGGGUAGGGUGGGAAGGGGGAGGCGGGAGGGGUGGGAUGAGAAAAAUAGGAUUUGUGUGUAAAUAA